CAUCUCUUUUCCUUCCCUACAGGCCUACCCUAAUUGAAUUCCUCGCCGAGUUCUUAUUGUUCCUACGUGCCGAUCGAAAUGCUGCACCCGCCGAUUCAACGCUCCGACGCCGGUGAUCUCCGUCGCUGAUUCUCCGACAACGUUUUGGCCAUAUAUAGAUAUUGUUUUCUGGAGCACCGAUGAGCAGAACUGAUGUUAUUGGCAGUAGAAGGGGGAGGAUUCUUCUCUUCUUCAGCUUUGGGGUAUAGUAAGGGCCUGACCUUUCUCCUCUUGGGUCAGAGGAGUAAUGAUAAACCCAUGAGAGUUUUGCCUUGGAACCAGUACGAAUUGGUAGACCAAGAAUCCGAACAGGAGCUCCCGCUGGCACCCAGAAAAAGCAGCCUAUUCAGCAGGUGCGCUUCCUUCAUUUGUGUUGGUUGUGCUUCUGCAAGGAUUGACACUCCAUCUCAUCUUAAAGUGGGCCCUGCCAAACAUCAUGAUGUCUCUUCAGGGCCACUGGUUUCCAACAGGGGCAAGCAUCCUUCUGCUAAUUUAAAUGACGAUAGGAGAAAAGUUGGACUUAAAAGUAGCCUGAAAAGGCAAGAAAAUAAGAAACCAGCUCCUGUUGAGGCUGCUACUGAACAUGAGGCAUCAGGGGAACUGGGGAGUGAUGCUCCUGGUCUAAGAGAGAGAAGGAAAGUGCAGUGGACAGAUGCUUGUGGUAGUGAGCUUGUUGCAAUACGAGAAUUUGAGCCCAGUGAAACAGAUGGUUCAGAUGAUGAAUUUGAUAAUGGGAAUCAUAAAACUUGUUCCUGUGGAAUUAUGUAACCUGGUUUUUCAUGAGAUGACGCUGACCCAUUUUUGAGGUGUCAAGUCGCUGAUUGCCAUUAUUUUCCAUCACUCAGCUUGAGGAAAAGGAGCAAAAGUUUCCAGUCUAAUGGAGAUUUAUGCACCAUCUUUUAUCUGAGCGAUCAUUUGUGUCUAUAAAUGCUUGCUGGGUGCCUUCAAUUUUGUUCCUCUGUUUAUAAUGAAUUUGUUGUGUUGUCUUUGUCAUGUGUAUUCUUUGCCUUUUGAUUCACGACUUUUUGUACUUUUCUGAGGUUCUUAGUUUUUAUAUGGAUCAAACAAAAUUCUAGUUUAUUGCUCUGGCCCUGUUAUCUAUAAAAAACAAGAUAACAUAGAUGUAAUGUACCUUUAUUUAUAAAUUGAUUCUUAACUUUUAAAUGAGAGUAUUUUUAAGAGAUAUUUUAAAUAUGGUGCAACCACUUUUAGG